UCCAGCUGACCGUGCAUUUCCAGCUGCGGCUCCCUCUCCCGAGCUCUCCUUCCGUUCGUCUGGGCCUCUGCCCCCCUCCUGGGGGGCCCCAAGAGCGGAAGAUCCGCCGACGGCAGGCGACGGCCCCUGCUCCGACUCCAGCGGGCGACCCUCGCUCCUCCCGGCUGCAGGGGGCGCCGCGGGUGGGGGGCGGGGCUCCAGCGAGUCCCAGCGUGCACUGCGCGGGGACGGGGCGGUCGGGCCUCCAGGUGUCUGCCGGGUGGGGCCCGGUGGGACGGCAAAGGGCAAUGGCCACCCCGGCUCGGAGCAAGAAUGGCAGAAUCUAGAAGCAUGGCAGAAGGAGCUUUACAAGCACGUAAUGAGAACCAAUUAUGAGAUUCUUGCUUCUCUAGAAAGCCAGCAAGCUGUGAAUUCAGGAGAAACUAAAUGCCAUUUCCAAGUGGACUGUCUUCAGAGCCAGUGUUCCUUCGAACCCUUCUUAGGAAAAAGCAAAGAUCCUUUCUUCUUGCCGGACCAAGGCUUCACCCUCACGAACUCACAGAGACCUGGCACACUGGCGCCAGUUCCAGCAGGCCCCAGCUGCUGGGAACCCCUCCGGCGAGGAGGAACCCCAAGUCCCCAAACCCUGGGGGUCCCCUCCUGGGAGAGCGGCGAGUUCCGGUGCCCUGUCUGCGGGGAAAGCUUUCGGAGGAAGGGCCACUUGGAGGAGCACCAGGGCAGCCACCCGAAGGCGCGGCCACGCAGGCCCUGGGGGAAAUUCGGCAGCCGGGCUGAUCCGCAGCCGCAGCCGAGGGCCCCCGCGGGCCCGGGGCCCCUCCGCUCCAGCGAUUGCGGGCGGAGCCCCCAGCUGCGGCAGCAUUUGCUUAGCCCUCUGGCGGGACACGCUGGGAAGCGCCCGCUGCAGUGCCCUCAAUAUCAAGUCUGCUUCCGCCACAAGCGGACUCUUCUCAGCCACCGCCUCCGGUGCACGGGGCAGAGGUCUUCCCAGUGCCCCAAAUGUGACAGGGACUCUCUCCCUGAGGCCAGCGUGUGGGCUCUCCGGGAACAGACCAGCACAGGGGCGCCAGCCUCCUGCGGGGGAGGCCACGGGGCCGCCUGGGAGCCGGCCGAGCUCCGCGCCGCGCGCUCGGGAGAGGGGCCCGGCCGGCGGGCGGCCUGCGCGGAGGGGGUCCCGGAGAGCCCGUUGCCCUGCGCGGAGCGCGGCCCGCGCUUCCCCGCGAGGUCCAGCGGCAGGGUGCACCCGGGGGAAGAGCCCCUGCAGGGCGCGGAGGGCGGCAGGGGCUCCCGGCCGGGCGGCGGGCGGCGCGCGCCCCGCGGGGAGAGGCCCUUCUCGUGCCGCAAGUGCGGCCAGGGCUUCUCCCGGCGCUGCAAGCUGGCGGAGCACGGCCGCGUGCACAGCGGCGAGAGGCCCUUCCGCUGCGCCGACUGCGGCCGCACCUUCCGCCAGAGGGGCCAGCUGCUGCGGCACCGGCGCCUGCACAGCGACGAGAGGCCCUUCCGCUGCCCCGAGUGCCCGCUGGGCUUCCGCCUGCAGAGCAUGCUGCGGGCGCACCGGCUCGGCCACGGCGGGGAGCGGCCGUUCUCCUGCGCCGAGUGCGGCCGGGCCUUCACCCACCAGUGCAAGCUGCGCGAGCACGUGCGGGUGCACAGCGGCGAGCGGCCCUUCCGCUGCCCCGACUGCGGCAAGAGCUUCCGCCUCAAGGGCAUCCUGAAGGCGCACCAGCGCACGCACAGCCAGGAGAGGCCCUUCCCGUGUGCGCAGUGCGGCAAGGGCUUCACCAGGCGGUCCAAGCUCACCGAGCACGCGCGCGUGCACAGCGGCGAGAGGCCCUUCCGCUGCGCCACCUGCGACAGGAGCUUCCGCCUCAAGGGGCAGCUGCUCGGUCACCAGCGCCUGCACACCGGGGAGCGGCCCUUCCAGUGCCCCGAGUGCGACAAGCGCUACCGCGUGAAGGCCGACAUGAAGGCGCACCAGCUGCUGCACCGCGGGGAGAUGCCGUUCUCCUGCGAGUGCGGCAAAGGCUUUGCGAAGCAGUCGAAGCUGAUCGAACACAUCAGGACACACACGGGGGAGAAGCCUUUUCAGUGUCCCAAAUGUGACAAGAGUUUCCGCCUGAAGGCCCAGCUGCUCAGCCACCAAGGCCUGCACACAGGGGAGAGGCCUUUCCACUGCCCCGAGUGUGCCAAAGCCUUCCGGGAAAGGGGGCACGUGCUGAGGCACCAGCGCAUACACAGGCCCGAGAGGCCGUUUGCCUGCCGUGACUGUGGCAAGGGCUUCCUUUAUAAGUCCAAACUUGCCGAACACAUCAGAGUGCACACAAAGUCCCGUGGUGCGCCAAGCGAGCCCGACAGCCAGAAAAGGCUUAGCCAGCUGUUGGCGAUGAUCGAGGCCGACUGGAGCUGAAGCAGGGCUGGUGUGCCUGGGGAUCCACAGCACCCUUAGCCAAACCCGCGGGCUGACAGAUUUGAGGAUCGGGCCCCUCGUUGGAACAAGAAUGUAAUCCAAGUUAAGUUAGGAAUGUGAGAGACCACGUGAGGUUUCCUUGUUUAAAACAUCACCAACUGUAUUUCCCACCCUGUGAUUUCAACAAGAUUAUUUGUUCUUCCUACCACCUUAAAUGGUAAUUUUCCCGCAAAUGCUAAGCUAGCUUUGAACCCUAGCUUGAGUUCAGACAGGAGGAGAUCCCUCCAGUACUGUUCUCAGACCUGUUCAACGUCAACUCUACUUUUCCUUUUUUUUUCAUGGUAUGAUCCUGAACUGGGGACUAAAUCUAGUGCAUUUUGUUGCAGGCCUGAUAAGAGGCUGAAUUUGGUUUGGGUUCAUUUAUUUUGAAACUGAUAGCAAUGAAGAGUUCUCUGAA